AUGAAAAAGAGGAAGUGCCACCUUCGACAACAAAGUGAAGGAAUAGACGAGAGAAAAAAAAAAUUGAGAAACAGAAAGAAAUUGGUAUUCAACCGUAGAGGCGAUACCCACUGUGAAGGGCGGAAUGGCAGGGGGAUCCAUCAAACAAAGGGACAUUAUCAAAAUAAUAACAAUUUCCAAUGCGACCAGAAAAGUAAAAGUUCUAUGAAGGCGUCACAACAAGGAACCGAACUGCUAAUCAACCAAAGCAGGUACAACGAAACGCAUGCAGAUAUUUGUGAAGACUCACUACGCAACAGUAGCGACUCCUCUGAAACUUCCAAAAUUUUCGAAUCCAACGAAUCGCAGAUAUAUCAAAGCACAAGCGAGUUCGACGUCAAGAGCACUACAUCGAAUAACACCAUUAGCGAUCUGAGUGCUCACACAGACGACGCUUACAACCAGGAUGACACAUUAGUUCAAAUAUUUGAGCGCAUCGAUUAUGCAGGGAGUGUCUGUUCAGGGGAAAAUGAAGAUUUGCGCAGAAAUUGGGACGUCCUGGAAACGUUCAAUGUUUAUGAUGUGUUUGAAAAUGAGGGGGACGCUUAUAGGGAGCGAACAGGGGGAGCACCUAAUUGGCACCCUAGCCAGAUUUCUAACCGAGGCAUUGACCAGAAUUCUAAUCAGCAUGCUGACCCAGUUGAUGGUCUUGCUGGUAACCACGCCACCAAGUGCGACGGUCCCACCAAAGCAACAAACGAGGCAGAAAAACUGAUCACGCAGAACGUCCUGUCCAAAAAAAUGCUCAUCAUACUCCCCUUCUUUAAGAAGCGCAUCUUCAUAGAAGCCAUAUGGGACUACUUCCAGUUAAACAAAGUGAAGGACGAAGCGGACGGGGAUAACCUAAAAGUCCAGUGUUUCCAAACCUUCUGUAAAAUCCGCGAAUGUGCAACGCCCUGUAGUGAUGGUCCCACCGAUGGGAACUUCCCAAACGAUGAAUUACUCAGCACCUACUUCUUUAACAAACUAAAUAAAAACCAAUAUGAUGUAAAAAUAAAAAUGGAUUACUACGAAGUGGAGUUUUUUUUCAUUUUCUUCUUGACAUAUUUUCGCUUUUCUUUAUACCUAACGGGGUUUAUAAAUUCAUCUUUUCUGUACCACUCGAACGAAGUGCACUUCAUCAUCUUUGUCCUGAACAGAUAUCAUUACUUCGUGGAUCACAUGUACGUUAAUGAUAAUUCUUUGCCUUUUACUCCGAAAGAGGUGCAAGACAUUAUGUGCACCUACAAGAAGUGCAUUAUCUCUCUUUUAGAUUAUCUCGACACUUUUUACCCGUUUCUGCUGCUCAUAAGUGACGUUAUCCAAGAGGUGCACACGAAAUUUAAGAAAAUUUCACACAAGGUGAAGGAACUUGAGCAGGUUCUGGCGAAAGCAGAGCCCACUGGUGGAACCCCCCCAAGCGAUAACAUCAACCCUGACAUUAUGACCCCGCACACUAUCAAAAAGAUCAAUGCGGUUAAAAAAAUUAACAAACUAAAGAGGAAGUUCUUCAAACGGAAUGGUGACGCGUUUGCUAUGCUGAUUAGAGCGCGCCUCGGCAGUUAUUGGGUGGAUAGGGGGGAACCUUGCAUGGGUGCUACCAUCUCAGGUGAGCCGUUUCUAGAUGACGCCAAAUUGAGUGACCACACCCUGCAUGCUGAAAAUCUGGAUGAGCAGCUCACCCAAAUGAUUCGCAACACCAGGUGCAACAUGCUGGUAAAGCAUAUAAUCUUCCGCACGGUGGGGAAUCUAAACCAAAUUCUGAGCUCCCUCGAAAUGGGCAUCACCCUCGCAGACGCGAACGAAACAUGCACACAACACAUCAUGUCCAUGUCUACACUACUCUCACUCAAAGCAGUUAAGGAUAUGAAAAAAAAAGACAAGUGGAUUAAACUCCUAAAGCAUAAUUAUUUCUAUAUCGAAAAAAGUUACUACUACUUCAAAGAAUUGCAUGAAAAAAAAAUCAUCUACUACCAAAUACAAAAUCUGUUCCGAUCCAUCCUAAAUUUGAAAAUAAAUGUCGUGUACAAUCCCUUCAUACAUUACCUAUCCAUUGAAGAUAUGAAAAACAAAAAUACACACAACACUAUCUAUGACUACAUAUACUACAUAAAGGACAUGCGCCACAGAAAUUACUUAGUAACUCUCUUCGUCUUCAAUAGGUUGAUUUACAAACUACAAUUUGAUGUCACCACGUAUGGGCUCCUCUUCUCAAUUUAUAGCUCCUUGAAAUUUUUAUUUUUCGAAAAAUCUUCCAUCCAUUUGAUAAAGAAAAAUGGAACAAUGAAAAAUAAAUUUAUGUACCUAUUCAACGAUAUGAUAAAUUCCUGCAAUUUUAAAACGUAUGAACAUAUCCCCAUUCCUUCCAGAAAUAUUAUAAAGGACAGUUUUUUUGUUCAAGGAAAUUCCAUUGUGAGGACUGUACUGUCAGCUGCCAUGAGGGAAGCAACCCGCAUGAGAUACACUGGACAAAUAGUCACGAAUGCUUCGCUUUUUUAUCGUUAUAAGAGGCUCCUAAAUUAUCAUCUCCGCAGAGUCAUCCUAAACGACGAUGCUAUUCACAUGGUUGAGCGAAAUUAUGUGAUCCGUGAAAUUGAGGACAACUUGGAGGGAAUGAAAAGCAAACUAUAA